AUGAAAGUUAACAGCUAUAAGAUUAAAUCUGAAGAAGAUUUACAAAGAAACGUGAGUACCACUCCAAGUUUCUAAAAAUUAUAACAAAAAAUUCUAAAUAUUUAAUAAAAAAACGAUACUCAGGAUUAAAUAUAAUCCUCUUUUUCUAAGAGUUGCAACCAUAAAACUGCCUCAAACAGCACGGAUACUAGUUAAUAUUCAUGUAGAGAUAAUUUUACUCAUUCUGAGUAUAGUUCUUGUACUAAUUUAGAUUCUUAAUUCAACAAAAAAAGUUAAGUUUAUGCCAAAGAGUAAUCUUAUUGCAGUGUUCGAGAAGUUAGUCCUCUCACUUAAAAGCUUUAUGAUCCUCCAAAAUUAGAUUAACACUAAUAGCAAUUAAAACCACCUAGAUAUCACACUCCAACUAGAGAUUCUAUUAAAUCUAAUGAUGCAGUUGGAUAAAAAUAAAAAACACUUACAAAAACAGAGAGCAAAAAUUCAUAGAAAUUAGGCAAUCAAACCUCUCAAAAGAUUACUAAUUACUCUAAUUCAAAAAGGGAAAACAGCAAUAAAAGCAACCAAAUUAAUAUAGAAUCAUCUCCAAAUAUUCGCAAAGGAUCACUAUCAUCAUAAUCUAAAGCAAAUAAAGGGAAAAUAGAAGAAAGUAAUAAAAAAUUAAAAGAGGGAGUUACUGAAAAGGAUAAAAAGAUUAUUGAAAAAAUAUAAAAAAAAUUGUAAAAUAAAUCACCAAUAUCAAAGAGUUUAAAAGAAAAUAGAUCAAAUAUAAAAUAAUUCAAUGAUAAACACCAAAUUUUCUCAGAAUAGCAUUUAAACUAAGACCAAAGACUAACUCGCUAUGAAAACUUGCUUCAAAAAACACCUAAAAAUUAUGAAAAGGCAUUUGAAAUUAAAGAUUGUGGCGCUUAUUUAAAUUGUAAAAGUUCCAGUGAAGAAGAUAAUGAAACAAAUUUUUAGUAGAAUUUUUUAUCAAAUUUGAAAGAAAAAUUAAAUGAAGAAAAUCAGUUAAUAAACGAAUAACUUUAAAAAUUAGAUAAAAAAAUGAUACCAAAUUAAAAAGAUAUUUAAAAGACAGCAUUAUAAUCUCACUUGAAUAUCUCUACAAAAGACUUAAAUUGUGUAAAUCAAUAUCCGCCAUAAACCUGUAUUUAAUCCUAGAGUUAAAUUCAACAUGACCUUAAAUAAUGUUAAUUAGACAGGCUUUCAUCUUCAAACUAAGAUUAAAAAAAUAAUAUUUUUUAAAAUAUGAAUUCCACAGCAAGAAAACAGAGUAUUCCCAACUUAGAAGUUAACAAAGAUAAACUAAAUUUAGAAGGAUUUUAGGAAUAACUCAAUAGAAACAAUUAAAUCAUAGGUCAAAUAUAGCAUUCUUCAAAUUUGAGAUUAAUGGAUAAUAAAAUAUUUAAAAACCUUUCAAAUUCUUCUUCUUCUGAAAGCAUAAAGAAAUAAAAAUUAAUCAUAUCUGAAUAGACAAAAUAUACAAAACAAACAAAUUUUGAUGAUCUCAACAAAUCGCCAGUUGCAGAAACAAGAGCUACUUCUAGUAAAUCAACAAAAUAUAUUUCAAAUCCUUUAAGCUACGAAAAAGAUCUAAAUAACAGAUUUUCAACUGAAGAUAAAAGCCAUGAUUAUGCCAAUUCAACUGAUGAAGAUUUAUUUUCUUGCUAUAGUUUGGCUAGCAGAAGCAACAAAAAUAAUACUAUUUAGGCUAAAAGCAAUCAGUUGUCAGCUAAUAAUCUAGAAAAUAUCAUGCAUCUUUAUUAGCCAGGUGAAUAUUGUAAUAAAAGUAACCACAACAAAGAAAAUAUGAUUUUAGAUUAAAAAAAAUAAAAUAUCACUGAUAGAGAUUCAAGUAAAUCUGAGCAAGCAGCAGCUCUUUGCUCUACUUUUAGGCAGUGUGUGAACGGAAAUUAGGAAUAAAUAAACGAUUUAAAAUGUCAAAUUAAACAAUUUUAAUAUGAAAAUUAGCAAUUAAAGAGCUUAGUUUAAAAGCAGGAAAACCAAAGCUUUUUAAACAAAAAAAUAAUUAGUGAAAACAAAGUUUAAAUUUAAAAAAUAGAACAAUAAAAUUAAUAAUUAAUAUAAAAAAAUAAAUAACUAACAGAUAAAUUAUAAAAAUAUGAAGAAGCUUUGUAAUUUACAAAGACUGAAUCAACUAAAUAACAAAAAGAAAUGCAAAAUAAAUUGUAAGACAGAAUUAACUAGCUGUAGAGUGCUUUAGGCAAUAAAUCAGCUGAAGCAGAUUAAUUAAGAGUGGAUUUAAGUAAAAUUCAACAAACUGUCGAUUUACAAAUUGAAAAGACAAACAGCUAAUAGAUCAAAAUUAAAAAUCUAGAACAGCUCGUCUCAGAAUAUAGCAAAAUAGAGAGUAAACUUUUUGAACUAGAAGACAUCCAUGAGUCUGUAAAAAUGUAAAACUAAAGUCUGCAACAGUAGAUUGAAUAGUGCCAUCAAUUAGAAUAAAAAUACUAUCAAAUCCUUUUAGAAGUCAAAAAAAGUUAGCAAAACUAAAAAAGUAAAGUGGUAGAAUUUUCUCAAGUCAUAGAUGCCUACUUAAAGUUGACAGAAUGCAUUAUAACAGAGAAGGAGCCCUCUGUAGAUGUUCUAGUAGGCCACAGGAGAAAAAGAAGCUCUUUCUUAGAAAUAAAAAAGCCAGAAGAUAUCUAAAGCUUGACUAUUUAAUUGGAGAAUGAUAAUAUGAAAUAAAAAAUAAAAGAACAAUCUGAAAUUAUUCUAACAUACAUUAAAGGCUCAAGCGAAAAAGUUCAAUCGGUCCUAGACUAGUCCCGUUCUCUUCUUGAUAAGCUUAGUGAUUAUUACAUGUAAAAAUUUGGAAAUGGGAUUAUAUGA